GUGUGUCUGUCUGUCUGUCUGUCUGUGUCCCUAUUGUUUUUCGUCUCGCUGCCUCCGUCCUCUCUGAUUGGUCGGCUCUUUGAUCGCCCACCAGACUCUCUCUCUCCCUCUGCAGACUAUCUGUCCGACCUCCAGGGAAGGCCUGAGGGCGACCUCGGAGCAUGCUGGGAGUUCUACGGCUCCUCGGUGUGCGAACCAUCCAGCGAGGUAGGACUGUACAACAUUCUUGCUGACCCACCGGGCCCAGAGGAAGAAGAGGAGGAUGAGGAUGAGGAGCAACGAGCCAGGAGAGAGGUGUUUGAGUUUGAGCUGUCUGACCGGCCACUGCUUACCUGCUACAACAUCCAGGUGGCGCUGUCCCAGGGACCGAGGAACUGGCUUCUCCUCGCCGACGUCCUAGGUCGACUUCGGAUGACGUCCCGGUCUUUCCGGCGCCUUUUCCCGCAGCUCAACGUGCGGUCCAUCCCCGAGGACGAGUUCUACCUGCAGGCCUGCCGGUCGCAGCUCCUCACGGGUCCGGACAAGCAGGAGCUGACCUUCUUCAGGCCGGAUGCCAAGGACCCUCUGGAGCUGGUGGAGGCCACUCCGGAGCUUGCCGGCAUGCUGGGCUCCUCUCUGGAGUUUGUGGACACUCACUGGGCGUCUCCCCCUCCAACACCGCCACCACCAACACUGCCACAGAGUUUCCACCCGUUAUUACCCCCAGAAGCCGGCACUAAACAAAGCAGAUUUGCAGAGUCCCGACUGGGCCAAGGGUUUAAGACACUGGGUUUGUCUAAGAUGGAACCCAACAUGAAUGCCGGUAUGUGGGAACAUCCAGGAAAUAACAUCACAGGGGUUCCACUUCCUGCAAAGCCAAACAUGACUGAAAGCAUGUGGGAAGUGCAAAGACAACAAAGUAAGAAUACAUGGAUCCUAAACUCAAACUCAGACUCAAGGGAACGACGACAACAUGGAUCUGAAUCCACCAACACUUCCGCCAGGUCCGAGUCAACGGUCGGUGCGAACAUGAGGGAACCACAGCAACUAAGAAGUGGGAGCCUCAUGACCUCUUUCGCCAAAGUUGAACCACGCCUGAUACAAAGGGAGAACCCCGCAGACUCAACCAGCGCCGUGAAUGCCAAUGCCUGGAGGCGACCAAACCCUAACCCGCACUCUACAAACUCAGGGGGUAUGCCCGGCAGGGUCUCAAACUCUACAAACCUAGGGGUUACGCCCAAAAAGGUAUCGGACACUACAAACCCAGAGGGUAUGCCCGGCAGGGUCUCGAACUCUACAAACCCAGAGGGUAUGCCCGGAGGGGUCUCGGACUCUACAAAUCCAGGGGGUAUGCCCGGCAGGGUCUCAGACUCUACAAGUCCAGGGGGUAUGCCCGGCAGGGUCUCAGACUCUACAAGUCCAGGGGGUACGCCCGGCAGGGUCUCAGACUCUACAAAUCCAGGGGGUACGACCGGCAGGGUCUCAGACUCUACAAGUCCAGGGGGUAUGCCCGGCAGGGUCUCAGACUCUACAAAUCCAGGGGGUAUGCCCGGCAGGGUCUCGGACUCUACAAAUCCAGGGGGUACGCCCGGCGGGGUCUCAGACUCUACAAAUCCAGGGGGUACGCCCGGCAGGGUCUCAGACUCUACAAGUCCAGGGGGUAUGCCCGGCUGGGUCUCAGAUUCUACAAGUCCAGGGGGUACGCCCGGCAGGGUCUCAGACUCUACAAGUCCAGGGGGUACGCCCGGCUGGGUCUCAGACUCUACAAAUCCAGGGGGUAUGCCCGGCAGGGUCUCAGACUCUACAAGUCCAGCGGGUAUACCCGGCGGGGUCUCAGACUCUACAAGUCCAGCGGGUACGCACGGCGGGGUCUCAGACUCUACAAGUCCAGCGGGUAUGCCCGGCGGGGUCUCAGACUCUACAAGUCCAGCGGGUACGCCCGGCGGGGUCUCAGACUCUAAAAGUCCAGCGGGUACGCCCGGCGGGGUCUCGAACUCCAUAAACCGAGGGGCUUCGGUCGACACUCGUGUUUGGGAACAGCAACAACGACUAGGCAGUAACAUCUCCUCUGAGCCUGCCGCCAUGCCGGAGGCCAAUGUGUGGGAACGCCACGGUGUGAAGAGGGUGGUAGGUGUCGACGCCUACCACGGGGGCAAGACCAUAAAGAUGGACGCCGCCUGGCAGAGGAACCUGGGCAACGUCAGAGUCCACAUCAGGGACCUGGGGUUGAAAGUGGGGGGAGGAACCAUCCGGAGAGACGUGAAGAAGGAGUCGGGGAAGAGCGUCAGGGUGAAAUCCAGGUCGUGACGACGGAACCAGGGAGGCAGUUCUCCGUUCAUGUGAAUGUUGUAAACGAGGAAACACCGCAUUCGGACAUUUGAGAGGAACCGAGACUGUAAAUAUGUUGUCGUUAAAGUGAGCUGCUGGUGAACGGAGUGUAAACACCAACGUCACGUGACUGUGUGUUUCCUUCGUGUGUCGUUUUGUAUUCAGCUUCCUGUUCCACACUAUUUAUUGUCCAAUAAAUAUAAAGCAUA